GGCCAAGUCCAACCACGACUACCCCUUUUUCCAAUUUCUCUCUCUUCUCCCUGUUUUUCCAACUCAACUCCUUCAAUGGAGGCCCCACUCCUCUCCACUGCUCCGCCAAUCCCCAUCACCACUCCGACGCCGGUACCCUACCCGGAUUCCAUCGACUCAUCCCCCCGCUCCCGCCAAACCGAUUCUUGGGAAGCAGAUGCGCCUCCACCUCAGCCACCACCGAAGCUCCGCCUCAUGUGCAGCUACGGUGGGCAUAUAGUCCCCCGUCCACACGAUAAGUCCCUGUGCUACAUCGGCGGGGAUACCCGCAUAAUCGUUAUCGAUCGCCACAUGUCUCUUUCCGACCUCCACCACCGUCUCUCGAAGAACCUCCUACGUAACCAGCCCUUUUCCCUCAAAUACCAACUCCCCAGUGAGGACUUAGAUUCUUUAAUCUCGGUCGCAACAGAUGAAGAUCUUGAGAACAUGGUGGAGGAAUACGACCGCCUUCAUAAUGCCGGUGGCAGCAUGAAAACCGGUCGCCUCCGCCUCUUCUUGUUUCCCAAAUCAUCGUCGAGUGUUGAACAACUUCUUGUCGAGACUGCGUCGACUAAAUCGGAGGACUGGUUUUUCAACGCUCUCAAUGGGAAGGGAAAUAAUUUGUCUGGUGCUGCUAGUGAUCGUGAGUUUUCGGAAACUUCCUCGGUUAAUUGUUUACUUGGAUUGGAUGAUGACUUUGUCGGAAAGGCGCCGGUUGGGGAGAAAGAUGCCGGAGCCCAGAUGGAGGGGUCAAAGAUGGGUGGUAAUGGAAACGGAAAUGUUAACGGCAACUAUGUCAUUAAUCACGACGUGCACUCGGUGCCGGGUUCUCCAAUGCUGGAAACGAAUUCGUCUUUUGGGUCUACUUCCAGCUCUCCAUCGGUCGCCAAUUUGCCGCCUAUAAGGGUGCAUGUGGAUGAGCAUCCAAAGAUCGGAGGGUUGGGAAUUGAGGAGCAAUUUCAGCAAAUGAGUGUUGGCGUCACGGGAAUCGUUAAUUUGCCGCCGCCGCAAAAACAGGAUGAGGUCGGCGGUCUUGUGGCCUCGGGCGUUGCGGUGGCUUCUGGGUUGCCGGUGAUGGUUGGUAGUGAGUAUGCUAAUAGAUCUGAUGACGAACGAUCAGAUCAUGGAGGGUAUAGAAGGGCACAACAAAUUCAGCCACAGGUACAAGCUCAAUUGCAACCGCAGCAGAUUCCUCAGUUUCAGAAGAAACAAACUAGUGCUUUCGAUUUGACUUCUCCAGAUUCUGUAUCAAGUGAUGGAAGUGUAACAAAUCCGUUGUCUAGGCAGAGACAGUCGCAAACUAUUUAUCAAGAACCGAUGACACAAGUUCCAUCUGGAAACACUAGGAUUUCUUCAAAUCAGGUUGAGCUGAAGACGGGGGAUCAAAACAACAGCAAAAUUCAGAUGCAACCGCAAUUUCAGGAAUCCGGCUAUGUGUUAGCCAGCCAAUAUGAUCAAAAUCAUUCUCAGUUGCAUCAACCACAGCAGUUUGUUCGUGCCGGUAACCAGUAUAUCCCUGCUGGUGCCAUGCCAUUAUCCUCGUAUUACCCUAUAUAUCCUCCACAGAAGCAACACCACCAUUCACAUCCGACCAUGCUCGACCAGCAGCAUCCGGUUUAUUUUGUGUCCGCCCGUCAGACCCAAGCUUAUAACCUGCCUGUCCAGCAACCUAGUUAUAGUGAAUUGGCUCCAACUGCUCCUUCUAGCCUCCCGCAAACGCCUCCUGCUGCUGCCGGAUCCCCUCAUGCAGCUUACAGUCAGACUAGAAAUGCUCCUUCCAAUAAUCCUGAUACGGCUGGUGGUAUGUAUAGAACAGCAGCGGCGCAAUUCGUCCAGGUGCCUUCCAGCCACCACCAAGCCCAAUAUGUUGGUUUCACUCAAAUUCAUUAUCCCUCUCAGUCAAUGACUCCGUCCUCCGGAGCCAAUUCUACUUAUGCUUAUGAAUUUGCUGAUCCAACCCAUGCGCAAAUGUACUACACGCAGUUACCACCUCAGUUGGCUGCUCAGUACCAGACCCUGUCAUCAACCCCUGCGAUGGUCGUACCCGAUGCUUCUACUCAGCUCCCAGUAGAGAACUUGAAGCAGCAGGUUAGGACUUCGCAGGCAUGAGGUGAGUUGGGCAUGGAUAAAAUUUUGCAGCUGUGGGAUUGGUUUAUCUUUGAAGCUCAUAAGACAGUGUCCACAUGAUUAUUCUUACUACUUUGGUUAUAUGGAAUUGUAAUAGUUAAUAAGAAACUAUGGUCUUUUCUCUUCCUUUUUGUGUGUGUUAUAUUGCAGAUAUCAAAUGAAAAUGGACAAUGUCUGAUAUCAUACUGUAAAAUGGUUCGGUAUAUAUAUCAGUUAUGGAAUAACUAUACAAGUGUAUAAGGAGUUACUGGAUGAAAACUGUGUUCUAGUCUAA